UCGACUAUAAUUCUCUCUGGCCUACACUUCAUAAUCAAAAGUCAAAACAUACGUUCAAAGUUUGUGUUAUCUUAUGAACUUUGAUUUAUUUUUUAUUUAAUAAAAUGGUUAUAAAAUUGUAUUACGAUUUAAUGUCUCAACCUUCCAGAGUGCUUUAUAUUUUAUUGAAGACAAUUAAAUGUGAAUUUGAACCAAAAUAUGUGAACUUACGAAAAGCUGAACACUAUUCUUAUGAGUUUACAAAUGUUAACCGCAUGCGACGAGUACUUAUUGAUCAUGAUGGCUUUGUAUUAACAGAGAGCAUAGCAAUAAUGAAGUAUUUGUCUCGAGAGAACUUCAUACCAGAUGCAUUGUAUCCGAAAGAUUCAAAGCUCCAGGCCAGGGUUGAGGAGUUCUUGGAGUGGCACCAUGUUGGCUUGAGAUUGCACUGUGCUAUGUACUUCAGAGUAGCAUACAUGAACCCGAUACUAACAGGCUCAAAGUUAGAUGACAAAACGAUAGAGAACUACAAGCGGCGGAUGCUCACGGCGCUUGAAGACCUGGACACCAAGUGGCUCGGCCGCGGCACGGAGUACAUAGCGGGGGACACCAUCACCGUCGCUGAUCUGGUGGCGGCGUGCGAGUCCUCAGGAAUGGCGUCGUUCGAGCCCGCACGGGAGUACGCGAACAUCGCGGCGUGGUGGCCGAAAGUCCGCCACCAUUUCAGCCCACACUACGAGGAAGCGCACAACAUCCUAAAUAAAAUUAUUAAGAAAGUUGGACAAGCUUCGGCUAAACUAUAAACUGAAUUGUGAUUACUACAAAAUUAACAGUACAUUAAAAUCUUCUACAUAUAUUAGCAAUGUAUUUUUAUCAAUAAAAGUUGAAUGAAAAAAAAAUACUUUU